GAAGAAUGCUGAGAUUUGAAGACAGGAACUCGCUGCAUGACUUGCUUCUAUGCAGCUUCCAAACACACAGCAAACUUUGAACACAAUGAACGCUGUGCUGUUUCUCCUCGCUGUCCCUUUACUAGCUGUUACAUCUCAGGAAACCUGUAACCUUCCUCCCAGCGAAUGGUGUAAUUCAUGGGAGACUGCCAAAGCUUGCCAGCAGGGACUUUUUACUUGCUGGUAACAGGGGAACCCCAGAUAUCGUUCAAUACCCUGUGUUCCCAUCUCUCAACUGGUACCAGAUUUGGUGGCCCCAUACUGGACAAAGUGCUGUAUGUUCACAUCAAGAAGACCCAGGUGGAGAAACAGUGCUUGGAGUUUUACAAUCAUGUUAACACUAAGAAGUCUUCCUCGCCUGCUGUGCAGGUAGAGCUGUAUUAUGAAUCCCUUUGUGGGGGCUGUCGCAAUUUUAUAAUUACUCAACUCUAUCCCACGUGGCUGAUGCUAGGUGACAUCAUGAACAUUACACUGGUGCCUUAUGGGAAUGCAAUGGAGAAAAAUGACAGUGGAAAAUGGGAAUUUCAGUGUCAACACGGACCAGACGAAUGUUUGGGAAACAUGAUCGAGGCCUGCCUAAUGUAUUUUCUGAAAAACGUGGAUGAUUAUUUUACAGUUAUAUUCUGUAUGGAAUAUUCUGGAAACGUCAGCAUGAUUUUCGAAACAUGUCUUACAGCUUUUAACCCAGCCCUAUCAUCCAAACAAGUGAGAGAAUGUGCAAGUGGUGACUUGGGAAACAAGUUGAUGCACCAGAAUGCCCUGAAAACAGGGAGCCUAAAGCCUCCACACCAAUAUGUACCUUGGAUUGUCCUCAAUGGGGAACACACUGAUGAUAUUCAAAAUCGGGCUCAGAACGCACUAUUCAACCUUGUUUGUGAAACAUACACAGGUUCCAAGCCAGGUGCUUGUUCGCAGAAGAAGGAAGUGAUUCCAUUAAAAAGGGAAUUGCUCUGUCUAAAGUGAAUCAUUUGCUGUUCCCCUCUUUUUCUGUUUUCAUAUUCCACUUCCCCUGUCUUAAGAAGUAUUGUUUUUAAAAUCUAGAUGAUAAGUUACAAUGCUAUGUUAUAAUUAACUGUCCAAUUUAGUCCAUCUCCUCUAUAUACUCCUUGUUGUUGUUUUUUUUAGAAUAGCUGUGUGCAUAUGCCCUAUGUCAUGUUUUAACCUAUUCCAUUUGAAAGAUUUUCCCAAUAUCCCCUCAUAAAAUUUUAGUUAUUUUGCAUUUUGUCUCAGAACUAGCCCUGUGGCUAUUUCCAGCCCUCAAGUACAACAUUCACUGUGACAAAUGUAUACUUUAAGAAAUGUGUUGAAUUUUCCGAGGUAAGGUAUGUCCAAUAAGGUUAAUGUUAGUACAAAACACACAUUACUGUGAUGUUAACAAAUACAAAUAAGUGUGAUAGAGACAUAUGCACAUAUUUUAACCCAUACGGCUCAAUAUUUUAAGCCAACUUGGCCAAAGCUAAGAGGUGUUUUCAUUAUUAUUUAGGUGUCAUUGCGUGUAAAUAUUCUACUACAUGCAGUCUUUCAGAUGGACAAAUGUUUUCUAAACUAUAAGCAUCAUAACCACUACCGUAGUACUGUAUUGUAGUAGUUGUGAUGGCAGAUACCAUCUGACACCCGCACAUUAUAAGAAGUCAAAUUGUUUUCAAACAGUUUGACUUCUUACAUGGGUCCCGUCAGGAGUAGUCCUUCACCUCAACUACUUCACACAGAGAACUGGAAGUUCAUUCCUGAGAGUGAUCAGCUUACAGAAGCUCAAACAUAGAAAGUAAUGGAAGUGGGGAUCAGAGCUCGAUGGACCCCAGGUAAGAAGUCCAUCCAUUCUAAAAUGGUUUGACAACUUGCACUAGGCGAUGGAGGAUUGGGCACCCGUGGCACAUAAAUACUAAAGUGCCCUGUUGUAAAUAUGGUGCUUGGAGUGCUCAUUUACAUUUUGUCUGUUAGGUUCUGUUGAAUUUCUUUUGUAACACUUUGGCCCACGCUUUGACACAUGAAGGUCAAAGUCAUUCCCUUAGUCAAUUAUUAAGAUUUAGGACGCAGUUAUUUUUGGAAAACUACUUAGCACUGAGUAAGCAAGAAUAUUAUGCAAUUGGCUUUCUGCAGAAUCAGUUUGUAAAAUAAAUAAAAAUUGUAUUUCCUA